CAUCAACGGGUCAGCAAGAUGCUCGCUCAAGACAGCACGCGAUGGAAAUUCAACUCACCAGCAACUCCACAUAUGGGGGGAAAGUGGGAAGCAGUGGUAAAAUCAACUAAAUACCAUUUGCGACGUACCAUCGGCGAGACUCAGCUCACCUUGGAAGAGCUCACCACGUUACUCACUCAAAUAGAGGCCAUUCUCAAUUCACGGCCCCUUGAGCCGUUGAGUGAUGAUCCAGAUGACGUCUCAGCUCUUACCCCAGGUCAUUUUCUCAUCGGAAAUCCACUCACAACAAUACCAGAACCAUCUCUUAACGACCUGGCGGUCUCACGACUCUCACGAUGGCAGUUCAUUCAACAACAAGUGCAACAAUUCUGGUCACAAUGGUCAGCUCAUUACCUUCAACGCCAACAAUCAAUUUCAAAAUGGCACCAUAAGAAUAACGACAUUAACAUCGGCUCAUUGGUGCUUAUUACUGAUGAAAGGUUACCGCCAUGUAAAUGGUCACUCGCAAGGGUAGCUGCCUUGCAUCCAGGCAAAAAUGGACUCACCAGAGUGGUAACAUUAAAGACUGCCACCACCACUCUUGUAAGACCAGUGACCAAGCUCGCCGUUUUACUAGUACCGCUCUUCGUUUACCGCUUUACCAGUAGAAUCGCUCUCUUCGGUACGUAUUCUCGAUGGCGGCGGUUCACUCUCGUUCAUCGUGCUAGUGCUUCGAUAUAGUUUGGUGUUCGAAUCUAU